ACUCUGAUAUAUGCAUUCAACCAACCAUAUACUUGCAUGUGCUAAAACAUCAUCUGAUUCGCGGCACAUGUGAGCCACACCCCAACCAGUCCAACUAACUCACAGAACAGAAAGGCAAUUACAAACCCUAACCUGCGACACAAACCACCUGCUUCUCUCAUCUUCCUCACUCAACAAACCCUAAUUCCACCCUCUGCCUCUGUUAAAAAACAAUUUAUAUGCAUAUUCUCAACCAUAAGCUCUCUCUGUGAAAACAAAAUCAAUAAAGCUAUUCAUACAAUGUCACUGGAUGCGCAUAAGAAGAGCAGUGGAAAUGGAAACGGUGUCGUAAUGUCUACUCAGGUGGCUCACAGGCUGAGGUUGAAUCCUAUCACCGAUCACAAACCCGAUAGCUAUGAGGACCUGCAAUCGGAUUUCAGUCCUCUGCUGUUCAGCUCGCUGGAGCGGUACUUACCUCCUUCCAUGCUCAAUAUGUCACGUGAAGCUAAAAUCCAGUUCAUGAGGGACAUUCUCGUUCGCUACUCUCCCGAGGGUGAACGCACUCGUAUUCAAAAACAUAGAGAAUACAGGCAAAAGAUUAUAUCAAACUAUCAGCCUUUACAUAGGGAGCUGUAUACUAUGAAUGCUGUUAACUUCUUUGUUCCCUCAUUUCUCAAAGCAAUUAAUGAAAACACUGAAGAGAGUUUUAGAAGUAUAUUGGUGGAACCCACGCCAGGAGUUUAUGUAUUUGAAAUGCUUCAGCCAAGUUUCUGUGAAAUGUUGAUGUCUGAGGUAGAAAAUUUUGAAAGGUGGGUUCAUGAGACGAAAUUCAGAAUAAUGCGACCAAACACAAUGAACAAGUAUGGUGCUGUUCUUGAUGACUUUGGCCUAGAAACUGUUCUUGACAAAUGGAUGGACGAAUAUAUACGUCCCAUGUCUAAGGUUUUCUUUCCUGAAGUCGGUGGAUUAACUCUAGAUUCUCAUCAUGGUUUUGUAGUUGAGUAUGGAGUGGAUAGGGAUGUUGAGCUUGGUUUCCAUGUGGAUGACUCGGAAGUCACCUUGAAUGUUUGCUUGGGUAAGCAAUUUUAUGGUGGAGAAUUGUUUUUUCGUGGUGUACGGUGUGAUAAACAUGUCAAUAGUGAAACUCAACCAGAGGAAAUUUUGGAUUAUGUCCAUGUUCCAGGACGUGCUGUACUUCAUCGUGGCCGCCAUCGGCAUGGUGCUAGAGCUACAACUUCUGGGCAUCGAUGCAACCUAAUUUUGUGGUGUAGAAGUUCAGUUUUCCGAGAGCUGAAAAAAUAUCAGAAGGAUUUCUCCAGCUGGUGUGGAGAGUGCCGACGUGAGAGAAGGGAAAGGCAACGUCUGUCAAUUACUGCAACCAAACUGGAAUUGCUGAAGAGGAAUGGUAUAUCAGCAUCUUGAGUUAUUUUCACCAGAUCCUUUGCUUGUGAAGCUGCAGCGUAGCAGAAUUUUCAUCUUCGUCAACGCAGAGGCUUUCUUUUUCUUUUCUUCUUUUUUUGUCCAAAUUACAUUUUUGCUAAUCUUUUGAUGUUAAUGCAAGAGAAGGCGUUAAUGUACGUAGUUGUGAAUAUUGUGCAUUGGUCCUUCGAAAGUUGUACACUGCAACACUGUUCUAUGUGCCAUCCAAUUUGGAAUGUAUUAAAAACUACCAAAAAGAAAGGCAUUUAACUA